AAGGGCAUGGUGCUGCAAAUCAGUUAGGAGCUGAGAGGGAGAGGAGAGCAUGAUUCUGAGGAAUCCCUAAAUUAUAUAGGCUAGUGAUGUUGAUGGCUAUGUUUUUGAGCAGACCUCGUCUAGUUCUUCAUUUAAUGCCCCUCAUUUGAUAGACAGUGUCUCUGACGUAACGUUAUUCUUUUAAGUGCUGCACUCCAGUAUCAACCUGAAGUUUUGUGAUCGGUGUGGGAUUUUCCACAACCAAAAAAUUUGACUUGGAAGUAUGAGUGUUAUUACUGAACUAGAACUGAUGUCACAAUGAGAAAAACUGUGAUCUCCAUAAGAACAGUGAUGUGCUGAUCAUCAAAAAUGAAUUUUGGAAGGAGGCCAAACAGAGGAGGAGGAAAGUUCAACAAGUCUCGUAGCGGUAUGGGAGGAGGAAGUAGGAAAGCCUCGGGAAAAGCCUGGGAUGAUGGGGAUGAUUUCAGUUUCGCCCAAAAGCCAACUGUCCCGACAAGGACUCGGAGUAGGGGAAAAGGAAAAUCUGAAAUUAGAACUUCAGCCAGAAGUGGACCAGGAACCAGAUUUGGAGUUGGAAGUAGACGAGGAUCGAGAACCGCAGUUGGGGGUGCAGCAGGAACAGCAUAUAGAAAAUUUGCUGAUGAAAGGAUGAAGGAUGAAUCAGAGUUCAACUUAUUUGGUAAUAUGGUAAAAUCACAAAGCUCAAAAAGCAAUAGCCAAAGGGGAGAAAGACUUGGAUCCAAGUCCAGUGAUCACCGAGUACUUUUGCAGACUAUAAACAUGACCGCCGAAAACCAGAAGGAUGUCAAGCAACUUCUGCAGGAACUGCAAAAUUAUGAAAAAGAGGUUGCAGUACAAAGUGAUAAUUCCGAAGAGGAAUGUGAUCCCAAGGAAGAGUAUGACGAACUGGAUUACAGAAAUGAAGAUCAGUACUGGUCCACGAAGGAAGAGGGUUUGGCAGUUGCUGAAAGUGUUCCCUUGGUGCGCUAUCCUGUCAAACAACAAGCCAGUUUUGAGCAAUCUGAGAUCUCUCCUUUUGCUGUUCGGAAGCUGACAAGGUAUGGUUUUCAUGCAGACCAUUGCAAGUCAGCACUCAAGAUGUUUGAUGGAGAUGCAGGAACAUCUUUGGAAUAUCUAUUGCAAUUGUGCUUUAGGGAAAAGUUCAAAGAUAGAAUCAAGGCCUCUCCCAGAUCUGGUAAUAUUGGCUUGGAGGAUUGUGUGGAGAGGAGGCAAGAAGAAGCUCUCGUUCUUAGCUCCAUUUUUGAGAGCAAAUUCUCUGAACGUAUUCAAAACCGGGUCUGGACUAUUGAAUUGGCACUUGCGUUCCUGACACAGGGACUUAAUAAAUUUCAAAAGUGUGAGACCGAAGACGUGACAGUAAGGACUCUGAAUGACGUUUGUCAGUAUUAUCUCAAAGGCGGUUGCCGUUUUGGGUCAAGAUGUAAGUUCAGACAUGACCUUCCUUCAAAGGGAGAAAAGAAGGAGGAUAAACAUUUGCGUUGUGACAGCAAUGCUCUUUUGUACACGCUUGAGAUCCGAUUUCCGCCGAAUAAUAAAUAUCCAUACGAGGCCCCACUUUUAGCUUUCUCUACUACUAAUGACUUCCUGCCUCAAGCUUGCCGUUUGCUUAUAACUGAACAUCUCUAUGGAGAGGCCUUGUUAGCUGCAAAAACUCAUGAACCAGUGGUUCACACUUUAAUCAUGUGUUUGGAAAAUGAAGUGAAAAUGAAUGAACUGCUUCUUGAAACGUCCCAUAAAUACAGUGUGCCUCCUGUUCCGCUCGCUCUGUCGAUUGAACAAACUAAUGGUGAACAAACACCUCGCAAAUAUCCUCUUGAUCAGCACCUGGCAGUUAAAGCUUAUACUGGAGCAGAAUUGGAAGAUGAUGACUUGCAGGAAGAAGAGCCUGAGGCUGUGGUUAUGGAAACAGAGAGUUAUGUGUAUCUUAAGAAGAAACAGUUGAAGAAGUAUAACUGGAAACUGGAGAAUGUAUAUAGGGAAAACCAAAAGCUUUGUAAACAGUUUCAAGCGAAACAGUCUUCCAGACAAUAUCAGAUAAUGUUGCACGAAAGGAAAAAACUUCCAGCGUUUCGUGAGAGAGACACAAUCUUGAAUUUACUGAACAAGGCCCAGGUCCUGGUAGUGAGUGGUAUGACAGGGUGUGGAAAGACAACUCAGAUUCCUCAAUUUAUCCUGGAUGACUCUCUUAAUGGUUCUCCUGCAAUGGUUGCCAACAUCAUAUGUACUCAACCUCGAAGAAUUUCUGCUAUUUCUGUAGCUGAGCGAGUAGCCAAAGAACGAAUCGAGAGGCUAGGAGGUAGUGUCGGAUAUCAGAUUAGACUUGAAAGUGUGAAGACGUCCUGUACAAGGCUGCUUUACUGCACUGCAGGAGUGCUACUCAGACGACUGGAAGCAGAUCCAGAUCUUCAAGGCGUGUCCCAUGUUAUUGUAGAUGAAGUUCAUGAAAGAACAGAGGAAAGUGACUUUUUGUUGUUGGUGCUGAAGGAUCUGAUUGUGGCUCGGCAUGAUCUGCGCAUUAUCCUGAUGAGUGCAACUCUGAAUGCACAGUUAUUUACAGAGUACUUCAAUUCUUGCCCCAGUAUUCAUAUUCCAGGUCAUACUUUUCCAGUGGCUCAGUACUUCCUGGAAGAUGCACUUACUAUGACUAGAUAUGUUUUGGAAGAUAAAAGUCCCUAUGCACGAACUGGAAAGCUGAACCAGUAUGCUGAACUCUGGGGAGCUAAAGGUGAAAACAACAGAAAGUUGUUAGACUCAUUUGAGGAACAGCUAAGAUCUUUACACCUGCAAGAUCAAUCAUCAAUCAAGGACAGCAUCCCAGACCAGCAUCUGGAUGUUAAUCAACUGAUGAUCCGAUACAAAGGGAUUAGUAAGCCAGUAUUAAAGACAAUGGCUAGGAUGGAUCUGGAUAAGAUCAACUUGGAUCUAAUAGAAGCCCUACUAGAAUGGAUAGUGGAUGGAAAACACAAUUACCCUCCAGGUGCUGUUUUAAUAUUUUUACCUGGCCUGGCAGAAAUCAAGUUACUAUACGAACAACUUCAGUGUAACCCUUUCUUCAACAACAGGCGUGACAAAAGAUGUGUUAUACACCCACUGCACUCUUCUCUGUCCAGUGAGGAACAACAAGCCGUCUUCUUACGUCCUCCUAAAGGAACUACCAAGAUUAUAAUCUCCACCAACAUUGCUGAAACAUCAGUUACCAUUGAUGAUGUUGUUUAUGUCAUUGAUUCUGGGAAGAUGAAGGAAAAGAGAUAUGACCCAUGCAAGGGGAUGGAGAGCCUAGAGGACACCUGGGUAUCACGGGCUAACGCCCAGCAGAGGAUGGGCCGAGCUGGCCGUGUAGCCUCAGGGAUCUGUUUCCAUCUGUUUACCAGUCACUGGUACCAUCACCACCUCCAGGCGCAACAGUUGCCAGAGAUCAAAAGGGUACCAUUGGAACAACUUUGUCUAAGGAUCAAAGUUCUGGACAUUUUUGCAGAUCAUGACUUAGAGUCUGUUCUCUCUCGUCUGGUUGAACUACCCAUGGAAGAAGGGUUGAACGCAGCUAAGAAUCGGCUGCAGGAUCUUGGAGCCCUCAAACCAGAUGAAAAGCUUACUCCCUUAGGGUAUCACUUGGCCUUUUUGCCAGUGGAUGUCCGCAUUGGAAAACUGAUGUUAUUUGGUGCAAUUUUCCGUUGCCUUGAUCCUGCACUUACAAUUGCAGCCAGCUUGGCCUUUAAAUCCCCCUUUGUUUCUCCAUGGGAUAAGAAGGAAGAAGCCAGAGAAAAGAAGUUGGAAUUUGCUGUUGCUCAUAGCGACUUUCUUGCUUUUCUCCAGGCUUACAAGGGAUGGAGUGUUGCCCUAAACAUGAGCUCUCAAGCAGCAUACAAUUACUGCAGACAGAACUUUUUAUCUGGAAGAAUACUACAGGAGAUUUCGAGUAUGAAGAGACAAUUUGCAGAGCUGCUGUCUGAUAUUGGUUUUGUGAAGGAAGGACUAAGAGCCAGAUAUAUUGAAAAGAUGUCAUCACGGGGAGGCGAUGGAAUCAUUGAGGCCACUGGCCAAGAGGCAAACUCCAAUGCAGAAAACAUGAAGCUAAUUUCAGCAAUAUUGUGUGCUGCCCUCUACCCAAACGUUGUCCAGGUGACCACUCCUCAGAGUAAGUAUGCGAAGACGAUGUCUGGUACACUAAAAGUGCUACCAAAGCCAGAAGAGUUGCACUUCAUCACAAAGAAUGAUGGAAAUGUCCACAUCCAUCCUUCUUCAGUGAACUAUCAGGUCCGGCACUUCGAAAGUCCUUAUUUGGUAUACCAUGAGAAGGUGAAAACCAGCAGAGUUUUCCUGCGAGACUGCAGCAUGGUUUCUGUCUACCCCCUGGUGCUGUUUGGGGGUGGCCAGGUCAGUGUGGAACUUGAGAGAGGGCAGUUCAUCAUCUGUCUCGACGAUGGAUGGAUUCGAUUUGCUGCAGCUUCUCCUCAGAUUGCUGAGUUAGUUAAAGAGCUUCGCUGGGAAUUAGAUCAGCUGUUGGAGGAUAAAAUUAAGAAACCCAAUAUGGACUUGUGUACUUGUCCAAGGGGAUCGCUCAUCAUUGACAUGAUCGUUAAACUUAUAACCACUCAGUAAGAAUGAAGCUGGGAAAAUGUUUUUGUUUUUGCCAUGGUGACAUUCAGAUGCCCCGAGAACUUGGAGGAAAAACUGCUCAGCCAUUUGCACUAUCUUCCCAAACAGUGGCAACUGAAUUCAGACUUCCUCGUCAGCACUAAUGGAAGAUGAAAAUGAUUGUGAACUGCUUGGUCUAGCUACAUUAUGUAUGCACAAGAAUUUGAAUCAUUGUAACAAGCAAAACCUACUGCAUCUAUUAAUAAAUGAUAUAUUAUUGACAACUCAGAACUAAAACAACUUUGUAAAGGAAGUCACAUUUUUACUGUUUGACACUUUGCACAUACAAAAUUGCAGACUUCGUGGAUCAUCAUCAUUAUUAAACAUUUACCAGCCAAAAUCUUAACAUGAACUUUAAGGUGAGCGUUACCAGUUUCACUUCAACAGAAUGUAGCUUUUCCCAGAAAAAUGCUGAAGUUGUAAACAUUUGUUUUGCAUAAGGGGUGACUGUUGGUGCAUUUUGAGAUUUUGGUUCUUUGGGCUACUAACAAAGUAUUUGUAUCACAUAACAGGAGAAAUAUAAAAUGUAUGACUUUGUCACACUUUCAUCCUUGUGAUACAGGACAAAUAAAUAUUUUAAGUAAGAAAUAAACAUCUGGCAAUCUU